AGUGCGAGUACGUACAUUCGCAACAAUACGGAUGAUCGUACCCUUUUGCAAAACAGUUUUAAGUGGGCUAUUUGCGCGAGGCGAUUUUCCUUCUUUUUGGUAAAAUGAGGGAACGCGGAGCCAGUGAGGUAACGCAGAAGGAGACCACAAAGAGGAAAAAGAGGGGUAUGCCUCUUCGUGCUGUCGUAAGAGCGUCGUUGUAAAAGCGUUUUCGCAAACACGCUGACGCAUACACGCUAACGCAUAUAACUGACGCGUACAGCUGAUGGGCGAACGCAAAAUGGGGGCGAAGGACUACAGAGAUUUAAAAUUUUACAAUUACAUUCCCGUCAACAAGGAGCUGAAGAAAUCCUGCGUGCCUUGUCCAGAUACGGAAGAAUUCGAAGCGAAAUUAAACGAAGAAUUUGAGGAACAAGUGAAAAAUGCAUUUCAAGGGAAUGUUCUGGACCGAAUUGACGCCAAAAAUAUCAACGCUGAUUUGAAGAGAGAUUUGCAAAAGAAAUUAAAUGUGCUGUCGAAAAAAACGGAUAAAGCUAUAAUCGAGCUAAUUAAGAGGAAAAUAAAUGAAGGCAAAAAUCGCAGGGGGGAAGACGCCUUUGACGAUAACUAUACAAAUGAGCAGCAGGACGAAAAUGUGGGAAAUUCUAACACGACGUUAAAUUUUAAUCAAAAUGGGGAUGACGCGAAUUAUGGUCACCUCUUACAGCAGGCCAUGGACAAACUGGACGUCAUGGAUGACUCCGACUGAGGGGUUUCCUUUUUUUUCAUUUUAAAUUGUUUGCUUAUUUGCGAUGGUUCAAGUCACCGCUCCUGUUCCACGCGCAUAUGUUCGAGGUUUGGUGGGCCGGGCACGGCUUGACCUUUCCCCCAUGUGUAUGCUGUUUACAUUUGGCAUCGCUUAUUUGAUGCCACGAAACGCAUAUUUUGUGUUUCUUUUUUUUCUUUUUUUUUGUGACGAGUGAAAAUGUGCCCAC